ACCCAUGUAUUGGAAUUCUAAAGCACAAAGAGAGGUUCUACGCGUUUAGCUCUAAAGAGGCGGCUUUGAUGUUCGCCUCGUCUCCUGAGGCCUUCAUUUCAGAGGUGGUGGAAAAAUCCAAAAGUUUCCCAGAACUCUUCCAGCUUCUCAGACUCCAUCAGCAGCCUCUCUGCACACAUCCACAGUCUCAGACAGACCCAGAGAAGGUUUUAUCCACCAUUCCCAUCACCAAGCAGGACGCCGGCAUUCAAACUGACACCCACCCAGUGGAUUCCUACAUUGACAAGUCAUAUGAGUGGAAUGAGUGGGAGCUGAGACGAAAAGCCAUUAAACUGGCUAAUCUUCGGAGGACAGCAACUCACUCAGUGCAGACGGAUAUGAGCCACAUGAGACGGGACAAUGCUAGUCAGACCUGGCUGCCCAAGGACGCAGCCUGCCAAAGCAAGAGGGACAGUGGGAGCAGCGUCCCCAAACCUCAGAUGUUCCUGACAGGCCUGAGGGGACAAAGAAUCACCCAGCAGAUCAACACAAUCCUCACAAGACCUGUUGAUGAAUAAAGAAAACUUCUGAUUAAAUAAAAGCUGCUGGUGUUAAAAUAUUCCUUUCACAUCUUGUU